UGGAAACAAGUUCGCGUCAAACUUCAAGUCAUUGAAGCUAAAACCCGAAAACAUGGCGAAUGUUUCUCGGUUUGGAAUCAAAAUGUGUUGAUAUUUGUGGUAGCUUUUGGAUUAAUUUUACAUUAAUACAUUUGUGAUAAGUGUUUUAAAAGCGAUGUCGUCUCUGCAGUACGUUGUUCAUCCUUUACCGGGGAACGAGGAGCAGUUCAAUGACAGACUGAAAGAAGUAGCUGAUAGAAUCAACCGCCUCGGCCACACCUCGCACCCAGGUCUGUCCAGCCUCCGUUCCGGUAUAAAAAAAAUCUGUCUCGGCCCUUCGUUUAUCGCCCUUCUUCUCGACGAUGGCCGUGUAUGUCGUGUUUCCUACAACGUCCUCUCCGACCGUUUAGACCUCAGCAAAAAUGACUCGACUAAAAAACCUUGGUUGUUGCGUAGUUCCGGUGGCGGUGCUACUGGCGGCUCAAGCGGUGGUGCUGGCGGUGGCAGCGGCAGCAGCAAACCCACCGGAAGCGGAAGACAGAUGCCCAGGACCAGGGCCAGGAUUAUGCGCUCGAAUACGGCCAUCAGAGGUGGAAGCAAUAGCGGCGGUCGUGGUGCUCCGGUUAUCAUAGGAACGAGCAGUUCGAGCAGUGGAAGGCCGAUGGUGACGGUGCCAGCGCCCUACGUCCCAGAAGAGCUGGUUUCGCAAGCUCAGGUGGUGCUUCAGGGGAAGAGCCGGAAUUUGAUAAUACGGGAGUUGCAACGCACAAAUCUUGAUGUUAAUUUAGCCGUUAAUAAUUUAUUGUCGCGCGAUGAUGAAGAAGGAGAGGAAGGAGACGAUGCAGCUGAUUCUUACGUUCCAGAGGAUCUAAUUUCGCUGCUUGACGGAGGGUUUCAUACCGAUCAUUCGGUGAUAAUCGAUGCUGAUGCGAUGUUUUCCGAAGAUAUGUUUGGAUAUUCGGGCAUUAGGAACUUCCUUAAUAGUCGCGGCAGUGGAAGGAGUCGAUUGGCCGACAGAGAUGCACCACCGAGCAAUAGUUCGAAUUCAGAUCGAGACAGAGAGAAUUUUUCGAGGUGGAGAGAUCGUCAGUAUUUCGGACCUAGGAGGUGGCUUGAAACGGCACUAAGGGAAAGUCCGUACGAAAAAGAUUCAGAUCACAAGAAGAAAGACAGCGCGUGUCCACUUUGGAUUUCCGACGACUUGGAAUUUUGGCCCGAUUCUGCACCGAAAUUCGUCCAAAUUGCGAGUCUCUACUCGGAAUUAAUCGCAUUGUCGAGUAACGGACAAUUGUUUCAAUGGCGUUGGAACGACCCCGAACCUUACAGACAUCCAGAGAAUUGUAACAUACAUCACCCCAAGACAGUUCCUUUGGGUCUAAUGGGCGAAAAAAUCGUCCAUCUCUCGGCUUGUUGCACCCGUUGCUCGGUCUCAACCGAAAGCGGCAAAGUCGCCACUUGGUUAGACGAGCUUUUGGCGCCAGCAGCAGCUAAAUUGGAACAUUCAGCUCAGGCCUAUUCCGAGUUUCAAACUGACAAGGUUGCAGCUUUGUACACGUGUCCGUUGUACACGGUUGCGAAGCUUGAAAGUGGUGCUUUGUACUGGUGGUGAGUAUUGAUUCACGUAUAUUAUUGACCCAUUUUGCUAAAAAAAUU